AUGGGCCUCUUCCGUCGUGACAGCGGUAGCAGCAACCACACCUGCCCGAUGCUCACCGACUAUGCUAUAGAAGCACCCGAGCCUUUUGUUGGAACAAUCUCUUUCUAUCAUUUAAACAUGAUGAUCUCUGGUGCCAGUGCGGCCCUCGUCUGUCUAAUCAUAUUCAGCUUGAUGUUUUGGCACGCGACACACUUGAGCAAACCCCGAGAGCAGAUCAAGAUUAUGAAAAUCUGCAUGCUUCUUCCACUAUACUCGGUUGUAUCUUUCAUCUCCAUUGUCUUCCCCCACGCCAACAUAUACCUCGAGCCAUGGCUCGAACUAUUCCAAGGUGUUGCGCUUGGAGCUUUCUUCCUCCUUCUUUGUGAAUUCAUCUCGAGCGACACCCAGACCGAGGUGAAUCUUUUUUUUGCAGCCUUUGAAGUGCCGCAGACGAAGACCGGCGAUGAUCCUGUUAAUGGUCUAGAAUGGUUCAGGUAUCCUGUCGUCGCCACUCUUGUCGCCAUUGUCACGGAUAUCACCCAGGCUGCCAAUAUAUACUGUCUGGACAGCAGCAAGGCAUACUUUGCGCACAUUUGGUUGACUGUCAUCUCCACCGUGUCUGUUGCUUCAGCCGUGAUAUCCGUCCUAGCCUUCUACCGAGCCCUCAGCACCCAGUUGAACUCGCGCCAACCCCUUGCCAAGCUUCUGUCUUUCAAACUAAUCGUCGGUCUCUCAUUCCUCGAACGAAUCAUAUUCACUAUUCUCCGCUCAAAAAACGCCCUCAAGCCCACAUCCACCCUCAGCUACUCCGACGUCAACUUCGGCAUCCCGAGCAUGUUGAUUUGCUUGCAAAUGGUCCCAUUCGCACUCUUCUUCCCCUAUUCUUACCGUGUCUCCCCAUACAUCAAUGCGGGUCCCUACGAGGGUGGGUUCCUGGGCGUCCGUGCCUGGAUCGGAGUACUCAAUCCGAUGGAGAUCCUGCGCGCGAUUAAGUUUGCGUUCGAGAUGGCGACGCAGUUCCGCAGUAAGGGGGAGCCUGCCCAGUAUUCGAAUGUCGAGCUGGGGAAUUCUUACGCCGUGCAGGUGCCGGCGCCGCCUUAUGGACAUACCGAGCGGGGGCAGACGCCUUCUUAUGAGAGGCUUCUGCAUGAGGGGAGAAGGUAA